AUAGCAGAGCGGCUCUCUGAAAAAGACUCGUUUUUCAUUUCGAUCGAAGAUCGAUUCUCGCAGAUUCAUCUGAGAAUAGUGAAAGAGAUAUAGAUCGGCAUCGCAUUUUGAUUCCGAACAAAGAUGGAGUGUGUAUUUGGACUUGUCGGUAAGGGUUUCGCUCUUGUAAUCUCCGAUACAUCGGCCGUUAGUAGUAUUCUCGUUCAUAAGUCUAACGAGGACAAGAUCAUGGUCCUCGAUUCUCACAAACUCAUGGGAGCCAGCGGUGAAGCCGGCGACAGAGUCCAGUUUACUGAGUACAUACAAAAGAAUGUGUCUUUGUAUCAAUUCCGUAACGGAAUUCCAUUGACGACUGCAGCUACUGCUAAUCUUACCCGUGGAGAGCUAGCUACUGCCUUACGCAAGAGUCCGUAUUCUGUGAACAUUCUACUAGCUGGAUAUGACAAGGAAAAGGGUCCUUCCCUAUACUACAUUGACUACAUCGCAUCACUUCACAAGGUUAACACUGCUGCUUUGGGUUAUGGCUCAUAUUUUUCACUAGCCAUGAUGGACAGACACUACCACAAGAAUAUGAAUUUGGAAGAAGCCAUUGAACUCGUGGAUAAAGUCAUAAUAGAGAUCCGUUCAAGACUUGUUGUAGCUCCUCCAAACUUUCUUAUCAAAAUCGUUGAUGAAGAUGGUGCUAGAGAAUACGCAUGGCGCGAAUCUAUCAAGGACACCAAGGCUCCACCAACUCUUUGAAGGCGUAUGAUGUUCAAGACUCGUUUUUAUUCAAUGUUAUGAAAAAAUUAUGUUAUGGGAUUUGACUAAUUUGAAAUUUGUGGUUUCUUUUGUUUUGGUGGUAAUGAGUUGGAUUUUCCUUCAAAACUUUGGAUAGAUUUAUAUGCACUAUUAGUCUUUAAUCCUCCUCCCUUGCAUUGUUGA